AUGGCCGGGGUCAGCAUCAACCAGCUGCCAGAGAACACCCUGCUGGAGCUGUUCACCCACGUGCCUGCCCGGGAGCUGCUGCAGAACUGCCGCCCAGUCUGCAGCCUCUGGCGUGAUCUCAUCGACUCUGCGACCCUCUGGAAGCAUAAGAGCUUGCGUGAUGGCUUCAUCACAGAGGACUGGGACCAACCUGUGUCCGACUGGAAGAUCUUCUACUUCCUGUUCAGCCUCCGCAGGAAUCUCCUGCGCAACCCCUGUGCUGAAGAGGAUAUGGCAUCCUGGAAAAUUGAUUCCAAUGAUGGCGACCACUGGAGGGUAGAGAGCCUCCCUGGAGACCAUGGGACAAACUUUCCUGACCCCAAAGUCAAGAAGUACUUUGUCACAUCCUAUGGCAUGUGCCUCAAGUCCCAGCUGGUGGACCUCAAGGCCGAGGGCUACUGGGAGGAGCUGCUGGAUACAUUCCGGCCCGAAAUUGUGGUCAAGGACUGGUUCGCGGCCAGAGCUGACUGUGGCUGUGCCUAUCACCUCCGGGUACAGCUGGCCUCCGCCGACUACAUCGUCUUGGCCUCCUUUGAGCCACCACCAGUGAUCAUUCACCAGUGGAAUGAUGCCAAGUGGACAGAGGUCUCUUACACAUUCUCAGACUACCCUCCAGGUGUCCGCCACAUCCUCUUCCAGCAUGGAGGCAUGGACACCCAGUUUUGGGCAGGCUGGUAUGGGCCCCGUGUCACCAAUAGCAGCAUCAUCAUCAGCCAUAAGACGACCCAGAGCCCAGGCUCACCAACAAUUUGUCCUGAAGAUGAGGCAGAUCAGAAGGCUGCCCGCUUGCCCUGUCCUUUCCGUCAUCUGACCUCUGUCAGGCCAGCUGAGGGCCAGACAUCCCCUCCAGGCAAGAGCUGA